AUGGAGGUCUUGGAAGAAGAGCUCAAAUCGAAGUUCCAGGCCCUGCUGGAAGCCAAGGAACUGGAGGAGCAGAAGGCCAAAGAGGCCUUGAAGGCUGCCUAUGUCCAGCGCUUGGAGGCUCAGGAACAACAGCAUGUCCAGCAAAUGGAGGAGAUGGAGCGCAAAUGGCAGCGAAGCUUCGACAAGAAGUGUCAGGUGUUGUUGGACUCCAUCAAGGACGCUUCACAGGUCUGGGAGGAGGUGAAGUUGGAUGGAGAGGUCCCGAAGGCAGAGACUGGCGACCGCUUCAUGAACGAAACUUCUUUGUCGCUCUUCCCGGCGGUUUGUGUGAAAGUCGACGGUCCGUCUCUGACCUUGGCAUCGCUGGAUCGUGAGACGCUCCAGCGCGCCACGCGGCACUUCUACGCAAACGGCUUGGACUUGCCCAGCUUUGGACGGGUCUAUGCUGAGGCGCAGCAGACAGCGGGGAUUUUUCCCUGCCUUCUGGACGCAGCAGCAGGUCGACCAACAUUUCCGGAGCCACUACUGGAGCCACUACAAGGCGAUCGUGGAGGCUUCAGAGCUGCGAGCCGUGAGGCGUCCGAGGUGUCCGAGCUCUACUCGCGAUCUGGACACACUCCAAGUGUGAGCUCGAGGUCGGAGGGUCGUUCACUCGACGAGCCCGAAGAAGUGGACGGGAGGAUGGCACCGGAGGCACCGCGAGGGGGGCCCCCGCGACUUGGCCUGUCUGACAAGAGCUCCAAGGAGUCAGGGAGCCUCUCGGCACCAGGCCGUGGUCUGGUCGAGAACGGACGAGACGGACCGGUCGGAGUGCGGUUUCGCCGCCCGAGAGGGCGGGGCGUUGGAGAAGAUGAAGGCGUUUCUGGGAAGACCAUGGGAGACCCAUGA